CAAAACGUAAACAAAUUUUCGGCGAGUUGUAUCUCUCAUGCUUGCUUCCGAACAUGUUGGUGCGAUAAUUACUUUAUGAUAAGCAUUCGCCCAGACACCGUCUAGUAAACAGUGUCUCUCACUUUUAAAGUUCUCAGGAAACGAAUCGGAGUAGUUUCUCAAAUUUUCCGCCAAACCAAAAAGCCGACAUAGACGAACUACAAUAAACGUCAGCUGUCCAGGACACCGAAACUUAUUGAUAAUGGCAGCUCCAGAUCUAGCAGCAGAAGUAGAGCAAAGAGUUCUGCAGUUAUGUGGUGAAUUCAAGCAAGGGAUCACGUACCAAAUCAUCCAGAAUGACAUGCCCACUCUUAAACUACAGCAGAUUGUUGAAAUCAUCAACAAGCUUUUGGCUACUAGUCGAAUUGACAUGUUGAAGAAAGAUGACGAUGUACUAGUUUUCAAAUUACGUGACCCUGGCAGUCUACAUCGGGUGAAGGGGGCUGAGCCAGAAGAACAGGUUGUUUACAAGAUCAUUGAGGAGAGUGGAACCCAGGGCAUCUGGGCACGUGAAAUCCGUGCCAAAAGCAACCUGCAUUUGAAUACUGUUGAUAAAGUAUUAAGAAAACUAGAGAGCAAGAAGUUGAUCAAGAGCUUCAAUUCUGUUUCGGCUCCAAAAAAGAAGACAUAUCUUCUGUAUAACUUGGAACCUGAUCGGUCACUCACUGGUGGGGCUUGGUAUUCUGAUCAGCACUUUGACUCAGAGUUUGUGGAUAUUCUGAACCAGCAGUGUUGGAGGUUUCUAGAGCAAAGAGCAGUUCGUGCGAGGCAAGUUGCUGGUGGACCCAUAGCUGUCCGCAAUGCAUCGUAUGUGGCUUCUAAAGAAGUUCUAAAGCAUAUAUCUGACCUAGGAAUCACAAAAGUGCAACUGAGCAUUGAGGACAUUGAGACUAUCUUAGAGACCCUUGUCUUUGAUGGGAAAGUUGAGCGUUCAGUGGCAAGUGAGGGAGCAGAAGGUGUAAAGCUGUACCGUGCUGUAACAGGGCUCCUGCCAACCCCAACCCUCAUGUGCAUCCCCUGCGGAGUUUGCCCG